AUGUCCAUAGAUCCGGCCUCUUUACAAAAAGAUCUGGAAACAGCCCAACAGGAGUGUAAUACGCUUCGCGAAGAACUCAACACCGCACACAAUGAAAAUACGACGUUGGCUAACGAAAACACUUAUGUCCGGAAGAAAAUUGCUGCACUUCAACAGCAAUUAGAUGAACAGCAUAAAGAUUACACACGUCUUGAAUCUGAACUUUAUCAGCAAAAUCAGGAAGUAGAAAGAUUGAAGAAAGAAAAUGCUGCCUAUUUGAAGAACAAACGAGAGACUGAGAAAAAGAUGAGAGAGGAGGCAACAGCAUUCGAGAAAGACCGACUAGUUUGGCAGGAUCGCGAAACGGACCGGCAAGAACGCGAAGCAGAGCUCCAAGAACAAGUGAAAGCCCUUCAGGCUACUGUCGGUGUUCUUGCUCAACAAAAUGAGCAAUUCCAUAAGCUUGGUCACAUAGAUUCUAAUGGUGAUGCUAUCAACUCUUCCAAACCUUCUCCUGCAACGGAACUUGCCCAGAUUAAUGCAAAUCGCGAUGCCAAGAAGGCGUUGGCAACCAUCAAAGAGCGAGAUCAACUCAUCAAACAACUAAGAGAUGACGUUCUCCACGCUAAUCAAGAAGUUACAAAGAAAACGUCCGAAAACGAGAAAAAUCAGGCAGACAUUGAACAGCUGAAAAAUGAACUUGAACAAGUUAAAACUGUCAACCAGUCACUUAUGGAAGAGAAUGAAGUAUUCCAGAGCCUGUUGCAUGAAAAGACUAUCAAAGGGGAAUUCAUGCUCAACCCGAUCAUGCAGUAUAACGAUCAUGAUACAAGAAGCGAAAACAAGGAACCGACCGCCAAUGGAAUCAAAGCUAACAACGACCUUGCGGCAGAAUUACAUCGUGCUUCUGGAGGAAAUGGAUCGUUUGGUGAGGAUGUGCAGAAAGAGAGUGAUCGCAGUGAUAUAGAGAAACUUGAAAGCAAAAAUGCAGAACUUGAAGAGAAAGUUGCAAAAGUUGAAAAGGCCAACAAGGCUUUGCAACUCUAUAUCGACAAGAUCCUCAACCGCAUAGUAGAAACACCUGGUGCAGAACACAUUCUCGCUAUUAAUGGCCCCGCACCAUCGGCCAGUCCGACAACAACUACAUUCGGCCAUUCGCGAACAUUCUCGUCCGGGCCUGCGUUGGCAACUCCCCCCCCGGAAAGCAAGAAACUCGAACGUCGCAAAACGAUGAGCGGCGCACUUACAUCCAGCGAAGUUCCCUUCAAGAUCAAGACGGGGGUUCAUAAGGUUAGCAUGGACGAACAAGGUGAUCAAUUAUCUCCCUUACCCAGUUCGCCUACAUCGAGGGUUGCCAAUUAUGGUGAAGACGGUGGCUUCGUGAGACCGUUAGCAGAUCCGCCCAAGAGAAAUAGACGCAAUUCUGCUAGUUCUUCACAGAAGAGAUGGAGUUUACUCGGUAAUUGGGUAUUGGGAGCUAAAGCAACGGAAGAGAAGAAGAAAGAAGAUCCAGCACUUCGACCAAUAAUUUUGGUUCAGGAAAAGGAGAGAAGAGCAUAG